AUGUCAUGUCUUAUUGUCCUCCACCUGUCUGUCUUGGCUUAUUGUCUGAUUCUUAUUGUUCUUCUUGUACCGGUCUCGUUCCGUGAUCUAAAAAUAACUGCCUUGGGGUUUCUAUGGUCGCAAGCCGACGAAGCUCAGUCAACUGAACAAGUUGCUCCGGCUACUGAACCUGUAUUGCCUAGGACCAAUGCCCUCGGUCUUCAUAUUGACAAUGACGGACCGACUAUCAAUCCAUCGGACUUAGUUACUACUGAGGUUCAUGAAGAGUCGGAUGAUGGCAAUGAAGAUGUUCAGUCGGAAUCCGAGUAUGUUCCGUCUGUCACCGAACACGCUCCGUCUGCGCCCAUGUACUUUCCUAUGUCGCCUACCCAUCUUCCUGGUGGUCACUUUCCAACUCCUUCGCCGCCUCCUCCUACUCCGGCACCUGAGAAUGACCAUGUUCUCCCCUCUGAGUUGUCUUCAAUUGUAUCUUUCAUCCAUCCGUCCAUGUACAACACUCAAAUGAAUACUAUCAAUAACGGUUGUACCGCUCAGUCGUCCUCCGAGCAUCAGCCGUUGUCGACCAAUGGCCAGCAUUUGAUGGAUCUUCUUACUCAGGCUGUAUUUAAAGCGGAGGCAGAUCGGAUGGUAAAAGAGAAGGAACAGGCUAAUGAUUGUGUAUAUGCUGACCUCGUCAGAAGUGUGCCCGUUGUAUUUAUCAUGGGCAGCCCUGCUCCCUUAGUACCUCCGACUAGGCCGGUCAUCGGGGUUAGGGGGUUAGGGGGUUACAUAGGGAUCCGGGGGGGGGUUUUUAAGACAUUUCGC